UGGUGCCAGAACUCUCACUUCUCCACUGAGAGAAAAUGUCCAUCCAAGUUGAACAUCCUGCUGGUGGUUACAAGAAACUGUUCGAAACUGUGGAAGAACUGUCCUCGCCACUCACAGCUCAUGUUACAGGCAGAAUCCCCCUCUGGCUCACUGGCAGUCUCCUUCGAUGUGGGCCAGGACUCUUUGAAGUUGGAUCUGAACCAUUUUACCACCUGUUUGAUGGGCAAGCCCUCCUGCACAAGUUUGACUUUAAAGAAGGACACGUCACAUAUCAUAGAAGGUUCAUCCGCACUGAUGCUUAUGUCCGGGCAAUGACUGAGAAAAGGAUCGUCAUAACGGAAUUUGGCACCUGUGCUUUCCCAGAUCCCUGCAAGAAUAUAUUUUCCAGGUUUUUUUCUUACUUCCGAGGAGUAGAGGUCACUGACAAUGCCCUUGUUAACAUCUACCCAGUAGGGGAAGAUUACUAUGCCUGCACAGAGACCAACUUCAUUACAAAGAUUAAUCCCGAGACCUUGGAGACAAUUAAGCAGGUUGACCUUUGCAACUAUGUCUCUGUCAAUGGAGCCACUGCUCACCCCCAUAUUGAAAGUGAUGGAACUGUUUACAACAUUGGUAAUUGCUUUGGGAAAAAUUUUUCAAUUGCCUACAAUAUUGUAAAGAUCCCUCCACUACAAGCAGACAAGGAAGAUCCAAUAAGCAAGUCAGAGGUCGUUGUACAAUUCCCCUGCAGUGACCGAUUCAAGCCAUCUUACGUCCAUAGUUUUGGUUUGACUCCCAACUAUAUUGUUUUUGUGGAGACGCCAGUCAAAAUUAACCUGUUCAAGUUCCUUUCUUCAUGGAGUCUUUGGGGAGCCAACUACAUGGAUUGUUUUGAGUCCAAUGAAACCAUGGGGGUUUGGCUUCAUAUCGCUGACAAAAAAAGAAGAAAGUAUCUCAAUAAUAAAUAUAGGACCUCUUCUUUUAAUCUCUUCCAUCACAUCAAUACUUAUGAAGACAAUGAGUUUCUGAUUGUGGAUCUCUGUUGCUGGAAAGGAUUUGAAUUUGUUUAUAAUUACUUAUAUUUAGCCAAUUUACGUGAGAACUGGGAAGAGGUGAAAAAAAAUGCCAGAAAGGCUCCCCAGCCUGAAGUUAGGAGAUACGUGCUUCCUCUGAAUAUUGACAAGGCCGACACAGGCAAGAACUUAGUCACACUCCCCAACACAACUGCCACUGCAAUUCUGUGCAGUGACGAAACCAUCUGGCUGGAACCUGAGGUUCUCUUUUCAGGGCCUCGCCAAGCAUUUGAGUUUCCUCAAAUCAAUUAUCAGAAGUAUGGUGGGAAACCUUACACGUACGCAUAUGGACUUGGUUUGAAUCACUUUGUUCCAGACAGGCUCUGUAAGCUGAAUGUUAAAACUAAAGAAACGUGGGUAUGGCAAGAGCCUGAUUCAUAUCCAUCAGAACCUAUCUUUGUUUCUCACCCAGAUGCCUUGGAGGAAGAUGAUGGUGUAGUUCUGAGUGUGGUGGUGAGCCCUGGGGCAGGACAAAAGCCUGCUUAUCUUCUGAUUCUGAAUGCCAAGGACUUGAGUGAAGUUGCCAGGGCUGAAGUGGAGAUUAACAUCCCUGUUACCUUUCAUGGACUGUUCAAAAAAUCCUGAGCACAUUCUAGCGCAUAAUAUUGCUAUUGACAAAACCAAGAAAAACAGUCAGGUCUGCAGUCAAAUUCUGUUCAAUUUUAAUCUGCUGUAUUACAUCGUUUUAACUUGCAGAUGCACACAAUUUUGCAAUAUUUUACAGAAAGCACAGAGUUGAGCAAGCAAUUCUUUAAAAAAAAAAAAGCAGCAUAUAUUUAGAUAAUCAUACUUUCUCUGUGAGACAGGCAGACCAUAACUAAAAACUCUUUAUAUAUUUAGCAAUCAAAUAGAAAAUGAAUGUGGAUUUAUUAAGCCUUUUUUUCCCUAUUGUUAAGGUAUAUUUUAGGUACCCAUCUUCUCCAAUUAUUUUUUAACAUUUAAAAGCCAAAGUUCUCUACACCUGAUUUGUAUGUGGCUUCACUGAGGCAAGGCAGUACCAUGCAAAAAGGCUUAAUUACUAAACGUCAGACCAAACUUUUUCACAAACCAGGGACCAUCAUCUAAGAGUAAUCCUAGUAAUAAGUGUGCGCAUAUAUAUAUUAACUGUUCCGAGAUCCUUAAGCUUUAUGAACUUUAGCAUUUCCAUUUAAUAUAGGCAAUUAUUGAUUAUUUCUGACUUUAUAAUAAGAAAGCCUAUCUCUAAUUGACUGACAACUCUAACCAAAUAAUAUAGCAGAGACUAAGUCAUCUAUUAAAAGCUUACAUAACAUCAAAGCAAUUACAUAUAGUAGUGACUAUAA